AUGGCCUUGGCGGGUGUCCAGCUCCUGGCUUUCGCCCUGGCCUUAUCUGGGGUCUCUGGGGUCCUCGCAGCCACGCUGCUGCCCAACUGGAAGGUGAAUAUGGAUGCGGGCUCCAACAUCAUCACCGCCAUCGAGCGGCUAGAAGGGCUGUGGAUGGACUGCACGUGGUACAGCACCGGGAUGUUCAGCUGCACCCUGAAGUACUCCGUCCUGGCCCGCCCCAGCCACGAGCAGGCCGCGCGGGCCGCCAUGAUCCUGGCCUGCAUCCUGUCUGCGGUGGGGCUCUGCACUUCCACAGUGGGGAUGGAAUGCACUCGCUUAGGAGGGGACCCGGAAACCAAGAGGCAUGCUUGUUUCGCUGGAGGAGUUUGUUUCCUGUCUGCAGGGACCUCUGGUUUAAUACCGACUGUGUGGUACACGAAGGAGAUCAUAGCAAACUUUCUGGACUUGACAGUUCCACAAAGCAACAAACAUGAGCCUGGAGGAGCCGUCUACCUUGGAAUCAUUUCGGCCGUGAUGCUGGUGGUCUCCGGCAUGAUCUUCUGCACAUCCUGUCUAAAGAAGAAGUCAGGAGCUUUGCUCCACCCAUGCAAGCAGCCACCCAUCUCCACCACACAGCCAGAGGACAGUUCAGCAUACAGCCUGAAGGACUAUGUGUGA